AUGGGUUUGAGGAUUACUCUGUAUCUUCAUCUGCUGUGUAUAUUCAGCAAAGCUGCUUCCAAAAAAGGUGUAAAAUGCGGAGGAAUCCUCGCUCCUUCUUCUAGCGGCAACAUCUCUAGCCCUAAUUUCCCAGGCCUUUACCCUUACAAUGUCGAUUGUUCCUGGCUGAUCGUGGUGUCUGAGGGUUCAUCCGUGCUGCUAACGUUCCACCACUUUGAGCUGGAGUACCACUCCGACUGCGCCUAUGAUUACAUCAAAAUCUACAAUGGCGUCUCGGAGGACGAAGGCAACCUCCUGGGGAAGUUCUGUGGGGACGCAUCACCUCCACAGUUCAGCUCGUCCUGGAACAUCAUGUCCAUCAUUUUCCACUCCGACCGUCACGUGACGCUCAGAGGAUUCCUGCUGGGAUACAGGAAAGAUACGUGUGGUGGAGUGUUGACGGGACUCUCGGGUGAAAUCUCCAGCCCGGGGUACCCGCUUGAGUACAGUAAUAAUGCAGAGUGCUCAUGGACGAUCCACGUAUCCAACCGCAGUGUCGUCACUCUGGUCUUCAUCGACUUCCAGCUGGAGAAUAACGAAGGUUGUAACUUUGAUUACGUCGCACUGUUUGACGGCUCGACAGUCCAACACCGUCACAUCGGGAAUUACUGCGGUAACAAAGUACCACCGAAGACCACCUCCACGUCCAAUCAGCUGCUGAUUGUGUUUAAGUCAGACUUUAAUAUUGGCGGAAGAGGAUUUAAGGUUCAUUAUUACUCAGGUGAGUGCCAGCAGGUGCUGAAAGCCAUCAGUGGGAACUUCACCAGCCCCAGUUACCCCAACAUCUACCCCAACAACAUGAACUGCCACUGGAGCAUGACUCUGCCCCCGGGCUACAGGAUCAAACUGUUCUUCCCGCUCAUGGAUCUGGAGGACCGGAACAUUCUAAGCGACUCCUGCGAUUUCGACUCCGUAGCGGUGUACGAUGGCGACGGUGAGACGGACGCCUUGCUGGGAUGCUGGUGUGGGGCUGAACGGCCUCCGCCUCUGACCUCCAGGGCAAACAAACUGCUGGUGGUCCUCAACACAGACCGCAACGUUGCCUUCAAGGGUUUUUCUGCGUCCUAUACAGGAGUGGUACCAAUGAACGUGAGCUGCACCAGAACCGAGUUUCAGAUCCAGAUCUCCCAGCAGGCUUUGCCCCAGCUGGACCGUGAGAGCGUGUACCUCGGAAACCCGUCUUGUUCGGCCCAGAUGACAGCGACAAACUACAAGAUUCUGGCUCGCUUCGUGAACUGUGGAACUGCUGGUCAGAAACGUCAGAACAUCACUAUGCUGGUGAACACGCUCUACAUCGACUUCUCGGAUGGAAAGCAGCAGAGCGUUCAGGAGUACGAGGUGCAGUGUGACGCACAGAGGAAGGUGGCGUCGGUCAGCAUCAUCUCAGCGGAGGAUCGGAUCCGGAUGAACGAACUGGCUCGACUCGCCGAGGAGUCCAAGAGCCUGGAGAACGCUCAGAGAACCGAGCCUGAAGCUCACGAGACCAGCGACAUCGUCUUCAUCAGCGUCUGCGUGCUGGCCGUCAUCCUCAUGCUCAUCGCCAUCGUGUGGCUCGUGCUCCUUUAG